CAGCGUCCACUCGAGGCACAAUGGUAAUGGGCGUAGUAAGAAGACUGGCGUGGGUGGUGGUGGUGGUGGCCGUGCUGGCGCCGCCCUGCCUCUCUGAGGAGAAGCAAGCAAAGACAGUUGGCUAUGGCGGCGGCCAUGGUGGCGGCCAUGGCGGCGGUCAUGGCGGCGGUCAUGGUGGUGGCUACGGUGGCGGCUAUGGUGGAGGACAUGGUGGCGGAUACGGCGGCGGCCAUGGCGGAGGACAUGGUGGCGGGUACGGAGUCACCAUUCGCAAAAGUGUAGGAUAUGGAGGAGGCAGCGGGCAUGGCGGAGGUCAUGGCGGUGGUCAUGGCGGUGGAUAUGGCGGCGGACAUGGUGGUGGAUACGGCGGCGGUGGUGGACAUGGUGGCGGCUACGGUGGCACAGUGAAGGUGGUCGUCCAAGGCGGAGGUGGCUAUGGCGGCGGCGGUGGACAUGGCGGCGGUUAUGGAAGCGGUGGAGGACAUGGUGGCGGCUAUGGCGGAGGUCAUGGUGGCGGCUAUGGUGGCGGACGUGGAGGCGGGUAUGGCGGCGGCCAUGGUGGCGGACAUGGCGGCGGCUAUGGCGGCGGAAGUGGGGGCGGCUACGGCGGCGGCUACGGUGGUGGACGUGGCGGCGGCUACGGCGGUGGACUAGGUGGUGGUUACGGCGGCGGCUAUGGCGGUGGACGUGGCGGCGGAUAUGGCGGUGGCUACGGCGGCGGCUAUGGUGGUGGACGUGGCGGUGGCUAUGGCGGCGGCGUCGUCUACUCGGGCGGCCAUGGCGGCGGAGGCCACGGUGGCGGAUAUGGAAAAUGAGCACCACGUCCCAUCCUUCCAUCAAGAAACGACAAAAACAUAAAAAAAGACAAAUAUCAAAACUUCGAGUUCUUGUAAAUAAAGACAAUAAAUAAGACAAGACAUU